CAUUCAGUCCGACCGACCGUCUGGCCUCUGGGAUUUAAUUAGUUUCAUCGGCUAAAUCAGCAUCUAAUUGCGACGACACCGGUGUCAACCGCGACAGCGACAUCUGUGGACGACAUUUGGGGACGGCGCCGCGUGUCCAACUAAUUAGCAGCUAUCGGCUUUUGUUUCCUAGUGUUCCAUGAAGGGGGCAUAUAAAACCGAAAUGAGGCGCAGUAAAGCACUUAGUUGAUCGACGAUCGUUAGCCGCCGAGUUAGCAAGAUGAGCUGUGAGGUGCACUACAACGCCGCCUCGCGCACUUGGUUCGGACCGCGUGGCAAGGACUUCUACGGCCCUGAGAUGACCCUGGGCGAGGUCAUCAUGCGCGUGCUCCAGAUCAACGCCGACCAGGUGAUGCAGCACUGCGACCCCACCGGCGAGGAGCUUACCGGUGCCCAGCUGGCCCAGCAGAGUGCACGGAUAGCCCAGGCCUUCAAGCGGCUGGGCCUGUAUCGGGGCGAUGUUAUCGGUAUAUCGGCGAACAACACGACCUAUCUGACCAGCGUGGUCAUAGCGGCCCUGCUCCGAGGAAUACCGAUAAAUCCACUGCAUCCGGAGCUCGCAGAAGAGACGGUCAAGUACAUGUAUGACAUAACAGAACCCAAGUUGAUAUUCUGCGAUGUGGAGAACUAUCCCACAAUCCAGGCGGUCAAUCAGAGAUUAGUCACUCCUGCCACCAUCUACCUGUUGAAUGGACGGCUUGAGGGAGUGCGAGACGUCAGCGAACUGCUCAACGAAGAUGAAUCCAUCACAGCAGCAGCAUAUGUGCCCUGUCCCAAGCUCCAUGGCGAUCACACGGCCUUCAUUGUGUGCUCCUCCGGCACGACGGGAAUGCCCAAGGGAGUGACCCGCUCACAUCGGAGUUUGCUCUGCAACUGCAAGAAUCCCAAUACAUACACUAGGGACAGCAUUCUGCUGUCCUUUAGUCCUUUGUACUGGAUAUCCGGGACGAUUAUCCUGCUGGCCUCGCUGCUGAAUGGAUUCCGGCGCAUUAUCACCAAUCGACCCUAUAGUGUGGACUACUUGCUCCAGCUGGUGGCCACCCAUCGGGUGACCUUCCUCUUCCUGGCCUCCCACCAGAUCGCACUGCUCUCCAAGCACGACAGCGACUUUGAGAAGCUGAAAGCCCAGCUGGAAUCCGUUCGAGUGCUGAUCGGUGCCGGAUCGAAGGUUUGCAAGGCCGUCUUCCGGCGCAUGUACGAGCUGAUCGGCAACCAGAGGUUCAUUAUCGGCUACGGCCUCUCAGAGAUGGGAGGACUAAGCAAGAACGUCGGCGGUCCGCUCGGCUGCGAGGGCAAGGUAAUGCGGAAUGUGGAGCUGCGCGUCGUGGACAAACUAAAGAUGCCACUGGGCAUCAACGAGGUGGGGAUCAUAUACGCCCGCCUGCGCUAUCACUGGGAGGGCUUCUACCGCAAUCCGGAGGCAACCGCGCGGACACUCAGCCCCGAUGUCAGCGAGGCCUCUGUGUUCGGGGCGCCCGAUUUGGUGGACACCAACCUCACGGCCUGUGCUGUGGUGCGAACAGCCAAAGGUGCUCUUCUAUUGGAGCUCAAAGACGCCUCGAAGGAGACCGCGCAGCUGCUUCGCGAGGACAUAGGCACUGUCCUAGGAGGCAAGGCGGAGGCGCGAGCCCUCACCCAGCAGACGAGGCUAGAGAUGCUCGACUUGGAUGAGAUGGCUACCUCGGAGGACGUGAGGAAGGCCUUCAGCGAGCAAAUGGGGAUUACACUCGAUGUGGACGCCAUUAAGAGUUUGCGCCCAGGCUUUGGUGGUACCCAGCGGGCUAUUAUUUGCCUGCCGGCGACCCUUGCAACGAAGGCGCUAUCCGUUGGUAAGGUUAAAGUGGCAUGGUCCGUCUGCCGCAUACGGUAGCGAAAUCUGCCGUUAAAG